GCGGAUCGUCUAAUUUUAAAGAAACCAUGAUGAGAAGAAAACUUAUCAUCGACGUUGAUACUGGUUCCGACGACGCUUUGGCGAUAAUGUUGGCGUUGCAGCAACCGGACGUAGAUGUCUUGGCCAUAACUUGCGUGUUUGGAAACAGCAACAUAGAUAACGUCUGCAAAAAUACUUUGAGAGUUCUCGACCUGUGUUGCAAGUCAGAUAUUCCUGUUUAUAGGGGUGUUGAAAAAUCAAUACUGACUCAAUCUGAACACCAAUUUCAUUACGGACGUGAUGGAAUGGGCGACUGCGACUGGCCAGAACCAGUUGACACAGGCAGAAUCCAGUCAGAACAUGCUGUGCUGGCCUUGCUGCGACUGGUUAAUCAAUAUGCAGGGGAGAUCACUCUUGUAACACUGGGUCCGAUGACCAACGUCGCAUUGGCUAUACGUCUCGAUCCGUCUUUUGGCGACAAACUUAAAGAAGUCUUUGUAAUGGGUGGAAAUGUUGAAGGGAGAGGAAAUAUAACACGAAGCGCGGAAUUCAACUUUUUCCUUGAUCCUGAAAGUGCUGACGUUUGCCUGCGAGAUCUCAACAAGAUGAUCACCCUCAUUCCGUGGGAGCCGCUUGACAGACAAGUGUGUUUCUCUUGGAAAACGUACGACGAAUUCACUCACUUGGGGACACCAAAAUCUGUGUUCGUUGGGAAAAUAUUUGAAAAAAGUACCAAGUUGUAUCGUGCAAAUUAUCAUGGCAUGCUGCCUAUCGACCUCGUCGCGAUGGCGACAGCGUUAGACAACUCAGUCGUCGUGAAGACAGAAGAUGUAUUCGCCGAGAUCGAGUUGAGCGGUCGUUUGACCCGAGGACAGGUCAUCAUAGAUUAUCGACGACGACUGAAUAUGGCGCCAAAUAUACGUGUCAUCAGAGAGUUUGACAUAGAGAAGCUGACCACUUUGACUUUCAAUAUGUUGAUGUAAUGCAUAUUAUAAUAAUGGCCAAUUCACAGUGAAAUAGAUAAACAGACCACUUUGAUCAUAUAUACCAUAUGUUUCAACACCCCCCCCCCCCCCCCCCCCGGCAGAACACGAGCAUGCCACUAACUGUGUCAAUGGAAAUAAAAUAAACGUGAAAGCCACUAGGUGAGUCAGACUUCUCAGUUUGAUUGAUGGACCCAUCAUUGAUGUCUGGUGGACCAAAUCUUGUGGCUUGUUCAAAACGACGACCGUUAAAGGUCGCUCGCUAGACUGAUUUCUGCGACUAACGUCAGAUAAA